UUUACCAAAUGUCACAUACAGCAAUUGUCAAAAAUUUUUAGGGAGUUUUGGUUAUUUCUAAUAACCUUGAAGACAAUUAUAUACGCAAUAUGGUCAACAUUUAUUUAUUACUCGUUUAGCGAGCUUGAAAUGCAAAAGAGCAAAAGUUUGGAAAAGGUAAACGUUGCGAAACAAGCUUCUGAUGCAAGUGAAAACUGUGCACAAAUCGCUCGCAAGCCAAAAAGAAGAGUUCGUAACAAUUUCGGCAAUAUCUUCGAAAGAUAUCACAUAACUGUUAAGCCAAAACUUCUAAGGAGCAGCUCAUUAUCGGAUCUUGCUACUAAUUCUAGUGACUUUACAUUAGAUUUUAUCAAGAAUUCCAGUAAUUUGUUAAAUCGGGCCAAUCAACUAUCCAGCCAAAACUGUUCCGGGGACACUUGCAGACCGUAUAUAUACCAUAGCCUUGACACCCGAUACAUGUCGUGGAAUAAUAAAGUAAAAAAAUUUAAGAAGAAAAUAGAAAUGUCUCCGGAGCCGAUUUCAAAAGGGACAAACGAUUAUGAUCCAGAUCAUAAUAUAUCCUCUUGUGCAGAAAACUCAAGUGUGUGUAGUACUGAUGAAAUGAGUGUACAGAGGAUAGCUGCUUUUCCAUUUAAAUCUACACCAAGUGGGAAUCUAAAAGUACAAUCUAAUCAGGUCGUUUUCCAAUCUUCAACUGUCGGAGUGUUACUAGCAGACCCAACUCAAGCAAAGGUUAAAGUUAAAUUUGAAGGAAAAGCUGCUGGUGAACCGGAAAAUAAAAUAGAAAACAAUUAUACCGAUGAAAAUGAUUCAGAAACACAAGUGAAAUAUAGUCAUAAAGAGUCUAUAAAUAUGAGAUUAAAAGCGGUCACUGAACGUCAUUCUAAACCAAAAGCACCGGUGAUAAGAGAAGAGCAUGGUAAAGACUUGGGCAGUCUUGGAUAUGCAAUUGCUGAACCUAUAGAUUGGAGUCGAGUACAAUUGCCGAAAAAACAGGAUUUAUUUCAGGAAUUUUAUCGCAGAAUAUUAAACUACAUCCACACGGACACAAUUAUCCAUAUUGGUGACGAGGAAUUCCAUUGUCAUCAAAUAGUUCUUCAAAUAUAUUCAUCAUUUUUCGACAGUAACAAUCUUCGUGAAAUAGAAUUACCUAUAUCAAGCGUAACACCUGAAGCGUUUCAAAUAAUUUAUGAAUGGAUGAUUUUUAGUAAUUCAGAAAGUAAUAAAGUUCUCAAGAGAGAAAAUAUUUUGGAAUUGUUCUGCGCAGCUCAAUAUCUAGCUGUAAAAGAUUUGGAAGAUCAAUGUUGGUCUUUUAUUGUGCACGAGGAAUUAUUUACUGAAGAUACAGCCUUCGCUUUAUAUAGAGAAGCUAGAUCGAAAGGGAUGUCACCUGUAAUGGACAUAAUGGUUCCUCGCGUGAUGAGAUUUUUUCUACCGCUGGUCGCUUCAAGAGAUUUUCUUGAAUUGGAACCGGAUGAGGUUAUGACGUUUCUUAAAUCGAAUUACAUUUGCGUUACAAGCGAGAUAGAAGUACUAAUGGCUGGUGUUCGGUGGCUGUACGGCAACUGGCCGGCGCGAAGACGACUGGUAGUGGACAUCAUGCGGUGCAUCCGCUUCGGUCUCAUCUCCCCCUGGCAGCUUGUCGACAUCAAACGGAACCCCGACAACGCUGAGAUAUUAGAAAUAGUUAAUGAGCCUGAAGUACAACAGAUGGUUGAUGAUGGACUGGCAUAUGUUAUCAUAAAGUAUUGGUACGGUAACAAUUCCAAGAACUAUUAUCAUUGGAUCGACGUCCUCGGACUCUCCGAGCCCGCCGAAAGGAACUGGAUAGGCGAAGAAAAGAAUCACGUCACUUACAAAGAUUUCCUAAAAUACCUGGAACACUUCAUGGUCCCGAAAGAGCAGAUGUAUCAACAAAUGUCGAUGAUGCAACCACCGAGAAGAACAGAUGACUUGCCGAGCACUUUACGUGGACUGGAUGCCGAUAAAAUGGAUAUGAGGAGACCGAAGAUGGAAUUCCCUCUACCUGGUACAUUAAAGGGACUUGGCGGGGAUAAGGACAAAUCAUUUCCGACGAUGAGCGAAUUUUUUGAAAACAGGCGAAAGACAAAAGAAGCAAAUCAGACGAGAUCACCGAUACGAUCGCCUAACCAGGGCUCUGAGUGUUUGCCGACAAUAAGCCAACCAACUCCGCAAACUUCGAGGAAGACUCCCGAACCUGAACGCAAGUCACAGAAACAAAUCGAACCAAAUGAGCCACGAUUGUUUCUAGCCAAUCAAACUUUGAUCCAAAAACAAGUCCAACAAAUACAAACGGCCACAUUACCGGGACCAAAUUUACCACAGCAGCAUGCGCAAAUAUAUGAGCCGCCUGAAAAGGACUCAUCAGAUAAUUUCAACACCACCAAAAGUGUUACCAGCAGUGAAAGUAUUGAUACGAGAUAUUCUGAAAAGACUCAAUACAUCAACAAGACUUGCGACACAAGACACAACAGUGUGGCGGCCUGCUACCUAGCUGCUGCCACUGCCGCUCUAGCUGGUUCUAGAAGAGAAUCACAAACAUCUCCAACAUCAGGAUCCCGCGUUCAAACUACAAUGUCGACCUCCCGACCUGAGCAGUCGCCGCGGCCUACGGGGCCCACUUCACAGAAUGUCAUUGCCAGCCCUCAAGUUUCACUCUUCAACCAAUCUAAAGAGUCUCUUGCCAAAAUCAAUAUGAAUAAGUUAUCAACGUCGAUUCUUGGUCCAUCAAACAAAACGUAUAUAGUUGAUGGUUCAUUGUUUAAUUGGGACCGCGAAACUGUUCUGGUGUUUGGAGGCACCGAUCCCCACACAGGGUACGGAGUUGGUCGGAAUACUGGAAAAGAUAUUUACAGGUUUGAUCCGGUCACAAAUUCCUGGGAUUACGUCGGUGACUUACCAGAGCCGAGGCACCACCAUUCUGUGGCGUUUCUAAGAGGGAGAGUCUAUCUUGUUGGUGGUGCAGACCCACGCGAUGACGACACCCGUGGCAAGUCAGUGGUAGUCUCGACAGUAUGGAGUUACGAACCGGUUACACGGUCUUGGUACAGCGAAUCUGGUCUCGCCAUACCUAGGAAGAAUUUCGGUCUUGUGGUACAUCGCAUGGCUCUUUACGCUAUUGGUGGACAGGACAAGAAAGGCAGAGUGCUGCGUUCAGUGGAGAGGUUCGACCCUAAGACGGGGUCGUGGAGUGAAGUUCGGUCGAUGGGCGUUGCGCGCAUGGCCAUGGCCGCGGUCAAGUAUCGGGAGUACAUCUGGGUAGCCGGGGGCAUGACCGGCGAGAAGAAAAACCCCGUCUGCAAGGUCGUCGAGUGCUAUAACUCUAAAACAAAUGAAUGGACGGAAAUCUAUAGUCUUCGGUUUCCGCGAUGUUUUGCAACGCUGUUCGCAAUGAAUGACAAACUUUACAUAAUAGGAGGAGCGGGAAAGAUAACAGAAAAGGAUAAAACUCCUAGUAGUGUUGGUGCUAUUGACAUCUGGGACUGGAAGGAUAGGACGUGGAAGCAGGAGACAGAAAUGUCCAUACCCCGACACGGCCAUGCACUCGCUUAUUUAGGAACGCAGCUCAUUAUAAUAGGUGGUGUAACAACGAUAUACAUGCGAGCUCUGAGCAAUGUGGAAUCAUUCUGUUGCGAGCGUGGUGCUUGGAUCCGAGGUGUGGCAACGCUGCCGUCGCCACUAUCUGGCCAUGGAGCUGUUACCUUACCACCUGCUUCACUUAUGUGACAAAUAUCUGCAUCACAAGAGGUUAUGGUACCAGGAGAACAUAAAAUGUAGAGAUAUUCUAUCAACAUUGUUACGUGAGUCUCCAGUGACGUGACAGUUGUGUUUCUUGUCUCUUUUUUCCUCGGAGAGAAUGAAAGAGAUAACAAUAUGUAACGCAAUCGUCAUGGCAGUGGAGUAUCACUAUUAUAUUGACUGUAUAAAAACAUUGUGUACUCAAAUGCAAAGUUUGGAGUAGUACAAAAGUUACUACUCAGAGUUGAACUUACAAAAUGGAAAUAAAAUUAAUAUCAGUGCUGUUAUAAAUUUAUUCACAGCUUUACAA